CGCUGAGUAUGUUAUUAUUUGUUCAAAUCAGUUAUAAUAUUGCAUUGCCGGUUUGCAUGUUCGCCAAUAUUUGAAGAGAUUCGUGCCACGCUCACGCUAUCUCCGUGCCACGUCACGUAUUCCGAGGUAUCCUUUUACCUGUUGGUUUGCAUUAACUAAACAUGAACAUGAAAUCCAAUCGGGACCGAGCAUGCGUACGAUGUUUUGUCCUGUAGGGUAAGGGUUACAAUUUCUGUGCCGCUUUGUUACUCUCAUAAAACAUUGACGUCUCAGUUGUGUGAAACCUAACUUUGCCGAGAGAGAGAGGGAGAGACAGCACCGUCAAGGCACACUCGGACUCACGGUGGCGAUUGCGUGCACGGAAAUGCCAGGCGGCGUCCACGCAGCUAAUGCUGUUCCUUGUGCCAUUCUCUUCGACAGCUGCUCUACGGCAAUGCAAAUCGGCGCAGACGCGCAACGUUGGGGCCGCUGCGAUGCCACCGGGACAAAGUUCCGCGAGCCCCCCUGAACUGGGGGAGCUGGGCGAGCUGGGUGACCAGGAGGAAGAGCUGCUCCACGGCACGGAGGGCGACUCCCAGGAGGGUCUCGUCAUCCACGUCAACGUCGGGGGGUUGAAGCGGACGCUGCGGCACGCGGUGCUGCUCCGCUUCCCGCAGACGCGGCUCGCCCUCCUCGCGACCCGCCGCCGCCACUCGCGGGAGGCCGUCCUGGAGAUGUGCGACGACUACGACGCGGCCCGCGACGAGUUCUACUUCGACCGAAGCCCGGGCUUGUUCCGCUACGUCCUCAACUUCUACCGCACGGGCAAGCUGCACGUGAUGGCCGAGGUGUGCGCGCACUCCUUCAGCCAGGAGAUCGCCUACUGGGGCAUCCACGAGUUCUUCAUCGACUCCUGCUGCAGCUACAGGUACCACGAGCGCAUGGACGACUACGCGGACAGGGACUCGGAAGAGAAGAGCGAGGAGAGCUCGGAGGCCUCCAGCUUCGAGGACAUGUGCCUCCUACAGGCAGACGCCAAGCGAUUCGAGCACCAGCGGUGCGGGCAGCAUCGCAAGCGCCUGUGGCUUCUGCUGGAGAACCCAGGGUUCUCACUGUCCUCGAAGGUCUUCGCGGCCACCUCACUGGCCACGGUCGUCAUCUCCAUCAUCACCAUGUGCAUAAACAGCACACCCGAGUUCCAGCUCUUCGACGCCAACGGCAAGGAGCUCGAAGACCCGACUCUCAUGGCCGUGGAGUGUUUCUGCAUCGCGUGGUUCACCUCCGAGUUCCUGGUGCGCUUCCUCGUCACGCCCAACGCGAGGGGCUUCUCCCAGAACCCGCUCAACAUUAUCGACUUCGUGUCCAUCCUGCCCUUCUACAUCACCCUGGUGGUGGACUCGGUGCUCGAGAGCGGCGGCGAGCUGCACAACCUCGGCCAGGUGGUGCAGGUGCUGAGGCUGGCGCGCAUCUUCAGGAUCCUCAAGCUGGCGCGCCACUCGACCGGCUUGCGUUCGCUGGGCACCACGCUCAAGCACAGCUACGAGGAGGUGGGCCUCCUGCUACUCUUCCUCUCCGUGGGCAUCUCCAUCUUCUCGGUGCUCACGUACGCCGUGGAGAAGGACGACGAAGGCUCGGAGCUGAGCGACAUCCCCACGUGCUGGUGGUGGGCCACCAUCAGCAUGACCACGGUGGGCUACGGCGACACGGUGCCCGUCACCGUGCCGGGAAAACUCAUGGCCACCGCGUGCAUCAUGUGCGGCAUCAUCGUGGUGGCGCUGCCCAUCACCAUCAUCUUCAACAAGUUCACCAAGUACUACCGCAUCCAGAAAGCCAUGGAGAUGGGCGUCAGUGCCUGCGACGGCUCGGAGGACGACGGCGACGUGGACGCCGAGGAGCUGCACUCGCGCAACCUGCGCGACUUCUACGCCGCGAAGGUCCACUCGCUCGUGCGGCUGCUCCCCACGGACACUCCCGUGGGCGGCUGCAACGGCAGCGUCGCCAAGGACGACUCCGGCGCCGCCACCGCCGCCACGUCGGCGUCGUUGCCGUCGAGGCAGCAGCACGGGGCCGUCAAGCGGCCGACGGCCCCGUGAUGCUGCUCGCUCUCAGCAUGGAGGCUGCUGCUGCUUGCUGCUUGCUGCUGAACCCGUGCCCCCCCCCCACCCUCCAUCACGUGGCCAAGAUCGCUGCCUCACCGCGGUUGUGAAAAAGAGCUUCAUGACGCAUCGGA